AUGGCGCUCAGACAUGACCAUAUCUUGAAUCCAGUCACGGCCCUCGGAUUCUACAUUACAGAUUCUGGGUCCACUGUCGUAUUCGCGGGUGAGGGCUCUUUCCUGAAGGCUUUUGACGCAGUGACAACCAAACUGCUAUCAGUUUGUGAAAUUUUCGAUGGCCAGACUAUCCAUGGCAUUGCUUUGCGAGAAGCUAGCAAUGGUGAGAACGCUCUGCAAAUGGCCAUUUGGGGUGGGAAUUCCUUGAUUGUACUAGGAAGAAAAGAUGUUGAGAGGCAUCUCCUCCACCAUACUAGCUGCUUCACGUCCUCAGUCAUUGCGGUUUCUGACUGGAUUCUCGAUGUUGCAAUUUCUCCACAAAAUGAUGAAUGCGUCCUCAUCACUGCCCACAAUACGGUCCUCAGAACCAGGCACAUCAAGACCACGAAAGAACAGAAGGUAGAAACUCUGUCAUCUCCUUCCCGAUCCAUCUUGUACUCAGCGGACCUGGUAUGGGAAUCUCGCUCUGAGAUCCUCGUAGCUGCAGGCACGGUAUUUGGUGAGAUCAUUGUCUGGAAGUGCUCUACGACUGGGGAAAGUCAAGUGAUCUAUACAUUCUCGGGCCAUGAAGGAUCAAUAUUUGGUGUUGAUAUCUCCCCUCCUGUCGUCCAACCCAAUGGUACGACCGGCCGCUUACUCGCAAGCUGCAGUGAUGAUCGGACAAUUCGUAUCUGGGAUCUCUCGGAGUCAAGCCAAUCAUUCUCCAGAAGCACCAUGCUGAUGCGCGAGACUGGAUUUGGCGAGAAUGAUGGACCGAAAUCAUUAGACGUAUUGAACAGAUGUAUUGCUACAGUCAUGGCUCACGCCUCCAGGAUAUGGAGUGUCAAAUUUCUUGCUGAAGAGCCCCCUCUCUCCAACCCUUCAUCCAUAAGUGUACUUUCAUUUGGCGAAGACUCAACAGCACAGCAUUGGUCUCUGAAUUUUGGGCACAAUUAUGUCCGGGAUGAAGCUAAAGAUCCUCUUUUGGCAGUCCUGAAACAGAAGAAAGGCCUCGAACCCGACGCAGUUGCCCAAUUAAACCAGCUAAGGGUAUUCGACUUCCACCGUGGGAAACAUCUCUGGUCAACGGCGAGAUUUUAUCUCGGGAAAUCUAAUUAUGUGCUCGCCACUGGAGGGGCCGAUGGGAAAAUCUCUAUGUACACUGUAGGUGCAGAUGAGACUCUCUUACUAUCUCCACGGGAGAUGGGCUCCAAAGAAGAGUCAAUCGUGUCGACCUUGCCGACACAAAAGCCUCCCCAGUCUCUCGUAUGGGCUCUUGAGGAUAUUGUGUCAUCACUUGGUUCAUCCGCUCAUACCCAAGGCGAUGUACGGGAGGAAUCAGAACUUUCGCUCCUUGCACCUGAAUCCGUCCUUGCGGACGUAAUCCCAGCUAACACUCAAUCCUCGAAAAUGAAGAAGCCCAGACCUCUUAUCAAGGACGGCUUCAAUCGAUAUGCUUUUGCGUCAGAGCGCCAGAUGAUUGCCACGACCAAUCAGGGUCGAGUUUUGGUCGGAGAUAUCGAUACUAAUGUGCUCUGGAGCGAGGCACCACUACCAGAGUCGUCACGCCUUGACCUAAAAAACUAUAAUGUGAUAGAAGGUCUUCCGGAGAUUGGCAUUGCUUUUUUGGCUGGAACAAAUGGUACAAUAUUUGCCUACCGAGAUGGGCAUUCGAUCCAAGUCGCGGGGCAGGUGGAAGGAAAAAUUCUCAACAUGUUCAAGAUGUUAAAUGUCGAGACGAACUCCUACGAAUUGCUAGUCACAGUAUUAUCAAGUCCAAUCGCCACAUUGUUCACCGUCGAACACUCAAGCAUCGCUGCUCCCCGGUUGUCGUACUCAACAACGUGCAAUCUGCCUCACAGAUUUCUCGUCACAAGCGCUGGUAAAAUCAAUGGCUUACUGGUUCUGGGUGCAAGAUCCGGUUUGCUGGCCGUCUACGAGACGGCGAAAAGUGCGGACCCUAUCAACAUUUGGACGCCACCGAAGGACUCCCCCUCUGAUGCGAUUGCUACGAUUCUCCCUUUGACACCACGAGACUCAAUUCGUGGAAGCAAUGGACACUUCCUGACAACAGACCGCACUGGAUGCUACUCAAUAUUCUCUUGCACAGCUACUCCGGUUCCAAAUGACGUUUUCAGGGGUGUAAACAUAUGCCGUGUUCAUCACAGCAGGCUACCGCUAGGUCCCAUGGUCGAAGCUGCGUGGUUUCAAGAUGGAGACCUGUUCUUCUAUGGAUUCAGGAGCAAAAGUUUUGUCGUCUGGAAUGAGAGCAAACACUACGAAGUAUCGAACGUUGAUUGUGGUGGUGCGCAUCGGAGUUAUGCAUUCUGCCCAUCCAGCACUGCGAACGGUGGUUGUUUCGUCUACACCAAAGCUUCCAAACUUCACUUUUACUCACAGCGCGAUCCGUCGCACACCAUUUUGAAGCAAGGGGGUCAUGGCAGGGAGAUCAAAGCCUCAGCCGUGUCUGUGGAUGGUGGCUUAAUUGCAACAGGAGCCGAGGAUACUGCUAUUCGUAUCUGGCGGUACAAAAGUGCUGUCUCAAACCUGGACUCUCGUUUAGAUUGCUUGUCUAUCAUUGAAAAGCACACCACUGGAAUCCAACACCUUCAAUGGCACGGAUCAAAAUAUCUCUUCAGCAGCGGUGGAAAUGAAGAGUUCUUUAUCUGGGCGAUUCGAAUCAUCCCAAAUGUCGGAAUUGGCGUUGAGUGCGAGGCAUCAUAUCCCGACAGGAGUGCCGGUGGAGAUCUACGCAUCAUGAGCUUCGAUGUGACUAAUUUUCCAUCAGAAGCCAAAGACAGCAGCGACUUGCUGAUCAGCUUGGCAUUCUCUGAUUCUACAAUCAGAACUUACGCCUACUCAAAAGCCAAAGGCUUCGCUCUACUAGCGGUAGGCAAAUAUACUUCAUCGUGUCUCACUCAACUCCGGCAUAUCCAAUUUUCGGACGGUGACAUCUGUUUUCUCACUGCGGCGACAGAUGGCAAUAUCACAUUGUGGAAAGGAAAAAUCUCAAAGACAGAGCUUGAGAGUGCCGAAAUCGCUAGACACAGCAUCCUAUCUUCCAAGAAAAUACAUCAGAGCACCAUCAAGGCUCUCGACCUAAAGGUCUAUAGCACUUAUUUCGUAAUUGUAACCGGCGGAGACGACAACGCCCUCGCCAUAUCUGUCUACCCAAUUCUUUGUCUCCAAGACUCUCAGGUUCGUCCAAGGAUAUAUAUUUUAAGAUCAGCCCAUACGGCAGCUAUCACCGCCCUCUCCAUAACAUCCGAGGGAGAUAAUUCCGGCUUUCUCAUCGUCACAUCGGGCAAUGAUCAAAGGGUAAAGAGCUGGCAAGUGCGCCUCGAUCCCAAUAUGGGCCUAUUUCCGAACCAUGAAGCACAGCUGGACUUCUCGCAGGUUGAGGAUGUCUUUACCUCAGUAGCUGACGUUGGGGAUUUAUCCAUAUUGAGUGCCACGGAAGGGGUUGCCACCAAAGCAUUUAUUGUGGGAAAUGGUGUAGAUGUAUGGAAUAUGUUCAAGAAAUCUGCCUCGAGGUAA